AUGGAGAGAAAUGAAGUAAGGGAAGGGCAUACAGCUAUUGCAGUGGACAGAGAUAAAACAAGCAUCCAAGCUCUUAAAUGGGCUAUAGAGAAUCAUAUACCCGAAGGAGAAACAUUAAAACUUGUUCAUGUCAUCCAAAGAUCUUCAAAUGGACCUAAUACAGAUGAUGAAUUGUCUGAAAGAGAGAACAAUGAUAGACGACGCUUUCUUCCCUUGCGUUGUCUUUGUAUGCGACGAAAUAUACACACCGAAGUAGUUUUGCUUGAUGAUCAGGAUGUGGCCAAAGCAUUGAUAGAAUAUAUCAGCCAUAACUUUGUUUCUACAUUCUUCAUAGGUGCCUCGUUGAAGAAGAGCAUUACAAGGUUGUUCAAGGUUGAUGACAUUCCAAGUAAUGUAAUGAGAUGGGCACCAGAUUUCUGCACUGUCUUUGUAAUAUCAAAAGGAAGACUAUCAAGUGUACGUUCAGCCACUAGGCCAAUACCUCUAGCCUUGCCAUCUCCUUCUUCAGGGACUGCACCAUUGUCACCACUCAGCAACAGCGACGAGCUUCCCUCUGAGAUGUCAUUGUCAAGAGAAGACGACGUUUUCUUUGAGGAGUUCCCAUCACUAGACAAAAGUUCUAGUAUGAACACUAGUGGCAGGAGCAGUACAGAUAGUUUGGCUCUCUCCUUCUAUAAGAAACUUGGAGCUCCUCCACCGAUGUUGGAGAUUCCUAGAUUAUUCUCUAGUCUGGAUGAUGAGAAAGCCAUGCUUUCGAUGUAUCUCAAUAGUCCUUCUGAUGAAAAGAACUGUGCAUUGCCUUCGUCACUACCACCAAGGGAUGAUGCCGAGGAUGAGAAGAGAAGGUUGAAGAAAGAGCUGAAGGAGACAAUGAAUAUGUACCACUCCGCCUGUAAAGAAGCCCUUGUGGCAAAUGAGAAAGUAGCCGAGCUCGAGAUGUGGAAAAAGAAAGCAGAGAAAAGGCUUCAAAUGGCUGAAAAAAGAGCAACAAUGGCCAUCAUGGAGAUGGAUAAGCUAAAACUUGAGGUAGAGAUGAAGACGGUGAGAGGGAGAGGAAGUGAUGACAGGAAGGUUGGUUUGGAUGAUGUUGGAGGGUCUCAUAUAGUGGUUAAGUAUGAGAGCUUGGUCCAUAUUGUAGUUGUUAUAUUCUUCUUCUGUUUCUAUUUCACAUUCAGAUAG